GGAAAUUAUUAAGCUUGAAAAUCAGUUUAUACAAUCGUCUACUUAUAAUCGAUUUGUAGUGUAAACUAGAAAAAUACUUAUUUGAUAGUUAGUUGGUUCAUGACAUUUUUCUGUAACUAAGUAAAUAAAACAGAAUAAAUGGAAUGUGGUCAGCAGUGGAAUCUAGGACGAGUGUUUCCUUCCAUUUGGGAUUCAUCAUCUGGAUCUAUCUUCGUCUUGGUGAAUUGAUGCUAUUUCCGGAACUUGAACCUAGUGUCUUUCUCAUCAAACACCCGUUGUACAAGUAAGUGGUUGUUUGGAAUCAGUAGUCGAGUGAAUAAUUUGUUAAGGUCCAAGUCCUAGAUUGAUUAUCAAUUCGCUCUCGGAUACAGGUUGAUCCACUUGACGAAUCCCAAAUAGAACGAAAUGACACACUUUCUGGAUUCCACUGCUGACCAAAUCCUAUCUAUUUCAUAUUGACUUCUGUCAUAACGAUUAUAUCGAAGCGAUCCGCACAGGAUGCACAUAUUCCAAAUAAUAAUGAUUAAAUUUCAGUCAAAAUAUAAACAACUGGAUAAUUUGAACCGUUACCAAUGAAGACAAUUUACCAAUAGUUGUGUUACUCAGCUUCAUGUCAAAAAUGCCACAGUAUUAUGGGAAAGGUGUUUGAUGGACUAGUUUUAUAUUAUCAAAAUGAGUGAAUACUAUCCCGAUCAAUUAGUGACUAUACUAUUAUAAAUUGUGACUGAGUGCUAACUACUCACAAUACCAGAUUAUUGAUUCAAACUCUGGAAUAGACGGUAAUCAAGGACAAAAUCCUUAAUCAAAAGAUAAAACAGGAAUUUCAUGAAUUGACAGAUUAUUUAAGUAAAUAUUCACAUUUAACACCAAAUGAAUUACAAAUUGUAUUACAGAAAGAAAUAUUUACAAUUGAUAUUGAAUUAUUGGAAAAUCGUCGUGAAUUAGCUAAUCUAAUUAAAAAUCUUCAUCUUGCUGAAUUAAUGCAUCAUCGUUUUACUAAUCUUACAUGGUCUGAACAACGUAAUCGUUGGCAAAUCAUAAAUAUCAAUGAAGCUAUACAUAAUUUUCGAAUUUGUCUUAAUGAUGAGAAAUUCCGGUAUCCUAAUGAUGUCAAAAUAAAGAUAAAUGAUUUAACAACAAACAUAACUGAAUUUGAAAAGCGAAAAGAUAAUCUGAUCAAUGAAUUAUGUGAAAAUUUGGUACCAUCAAAUAAUAUGGAAGAAUUUCUAGAAAAUUGGGAUAUUAAAAUUAAACAGUUAUUUACUGAAUGGGAUGAAAUGAAUCAAAACGCUUUGAAUUCUAUAUACAAAGCUUAUGAAGAUAAUUCACAACAGUGUAUCGAUCAAAUCCAACAUAUGAAAAAUCAAAUGUUACAUCGUAAACUGAUCAACUCAAUGGAUGAAAUUGAAAAUUUAAUUAAAGAAAAUUGUAUCACCAUUUUAGGUGAAUUACAAAGUCAAUUUGAAAAUAAUUUAAAUUAUCUUGAUCAUUGUUUCUCAUGGUGUUUAUCUAUAUGGUUAAAUGAAUGUAUUCCAUUAUUAUUCAAAUUUAGUCAAAUCCUAAUUCAAUUAUGGCAAUUCUAUGCUCAUCUACCUAUUGUUCAUUUAAAAAAUGAAUUAAAUUUUAAUUUACUUAAUAUAAAACAAGUAGUAUAUGAUGAAAUUUUAAAAAAAGAUGAAUUGAUUAAUUCAUUAAUUGAUUUAUUAAGACAAAGUUCAACAGAACAAAUAAUUAAUGAAAAAUUACAAGAAGUAAUUAAUUUAUUCAAUGAAAUUAGUGUAAACACUACAACAACCACAACACCAUCACCAUUACCACCACAGCAACAACCAUCACCACAACCACCACCAUCACCAUCACCGCCACAACAAGAACAAUUCGAUGGAAAUGUUUCUAAAUUAAAUCCUAUUUUCUAUUAUAUAAAACAUCAUGAUAUUGCUAUAGAUGAUUUAAUUAAAUUUUUACAAUCAGAAAUGAAAUCUAAUUCUACAUUGAAUAUAUUUAUUGAUUAUUUAAUUAAAAAUAUUCAAUUAACCGGUAUUAUCACUGAUCAUACAAAACAUAAUGAUACUCAAUUAUUGAUUAUCAAUAAUAAUAAUAAUAAUAAUAAUGAAAAUAAACCAAUUACUGUAAAUAAUUAUGUAACCGAUUAUAUUCAACCAAUUAAAAUUGAAAAAUGUUUAAAUCUAAUCAAACAUGUUAAAGCAAUCGUUCGUAUAAAAAUAUUAGAAUAUUUGGAACAAUGGAAGAAUACAACCAUAUUAGCCGUAAAAGAGGAAGUUAUAGUUAGAAAAACUGAAAUAGACGAUGAAUAUCAACUGCAACUCAAACUGCAUGAACCACGUAUUCGUCGGGUGAAAGAAGAUGUAGCAAAUGUAAGAUUAACUGAAUUAGUUUUUCAUCAAACACGUAUUGAACGACAUAUAACCUCAGUGAAUUUAAUAUUAAAUGAAAUGAAAAUUAAUUCAACUAAAAGUUUAAUUGAAACAUUAAAUAAAUCUGAAGAACAAAUGAAUGAAGCAAUUCAACAAUCAAUUGAUUCAACUAUUAGUAAAGCAACAAAAUCAUCAACAUUAUUAUUAUUACGAAAACGUAUAGAAAGCUUCGCUGAAUCGCAUACUCAAUGUGUACGUCAUGCAUUGAAAGAGUUUCGUCAAAAUUUUGAAAAUCAAAUACAAACUUUAAACAAUUCCAAUUUAAAAUUGAUUGAAUCAUUAGAACUUUUUAUUGAUGGAGGCAAUUUUUCAACUAUUGAAGCCAAAAAAUACACAAUCACAUUAAAUCAAUUAAGUAAAACAAUUCAAUUAUUUGAAGAAGAAAUUAUUGGUCAUAUAGAAUCUAUUGAAAAAGAACGUCAAUUAAUAACCGAUAAUAAAUUGAAACAAUUUGACAUUUAUUUAAAACCAUAUUUAGCUGAUGUUAUUUAUAUGGAGAAUAUGAUACGUUGUAUAACCAAUACACAAGUACAAAUCAAAGCACAAACUGAAGAUAGUUCAAGUCAAUCAAAAUUAUUAAUCGGUCAAAUUGAACAAUUUCAAUGUUUAUUAAAAUCACUUAAUGAAACAAAUCAAAUUCUAUCAAAUACAUUAUUGAAUAUAACAUUAGCUACUACUACUACUACUACCAAUACUACUACUACUACUACUACUACUACUACUACUAAUAAUAAUAAUAAUAAUAAUAAUAAUAAUAUUAAUACAUUACAACAAUUAAAUAUGGAGGAGAGAAUCAUGCAAAAAGAUUUAAGUAAUAAAGCAAUUGAAUUACUGACUAGAAUUUGUAUCAAUGCAUCAGAUCGUUGUGUAUUUUUAAAUUGUCUACGUAGUCAAUAUGUCAAUGAUGAUUAUGUUGGAACAACUGAUCCAAAUGAAUUAUCCUAUGAGAAUAUAAUUGGAAAUAAUAAAGAUAAUUUAACAGUGAAUAAACAAAACUACAAUCGUAAUAUGAAUAUACAAAAUGCAUUACAAAUUAGUCGACCAGGACGAUUAUUCACUGAUGAUUCAUCUAUUCAACUUAUACAAAAUAUAUUCAAUGAACAUAAUUCAAUUGAUGAGAAUAAUAUGGAGAAAAUGAAAAAUAUUACACCAAAUCAAUUGAUUGACAAUACGUCUAAACGUAAUGAUAAUAAAUCAUAUGAAUCGACUAAUUUGAAUAGUAAUAACAACAAUAAACAAGUAUUAUUGGAUGAUAAUCAAAAAUUAGAAACACUCCCAGUUAAUACAUCAAUAAAAAGUCAUCGAGUAAACUCAAAGGAUUUAGCCAUAGAUGUUUGUUUGAACCCAUUACGUCAAGUUAAGUCAGUAGGACCACAUGCAGUUUCAACUCAACGGAGUAAGCAAGAUAUAAAUAUGAGGCAGACUACUUUGAAUAAUAUACCACAUGCAACUACAAAUAAGACAGUUGUAAAACAUAAUCGACCUCAAGCAUAUUAUGAUGUAUUCGGUAAAGAUGUAACAUCUUUAGAAGAUUCUGUUGAAAUUUUUAAUUCAAAUAUGAAACAAAUCAAUAUUGAACAAGUAACAUAUGUUGGUCGUAUUCAAAAAAUAUGCCGUGAAAAUCUUCAUAAUGCAUUACAUUUAUCUGAAAAUUAUUAUCGACAAAAAGGUAUUCGACAGCCAACACAUCCAGAUUUUAUCAAGUCCACAUUUGAUGAUGCUGCUAAUACUAUUGUUACAAAUUUAAAAACACUAUUCACUGAAGCAGAAUUAUAUCGUAAUUCAUGUGUAAAAGAAUUUUCUGAACAAUUGGAUAACAUUGAACAAUUAGCAAGUCAAUUACCAAGUUUAUUAUUUGAACAAAUAGUUAAUGAAAUUAAAUUGUAUAUAUUACAAGAGAUGAAUAUCCAUCAGAAUAGAAUACAAUUUGAUUUAAAUCAAUUAAAUGAAUUACGUAUGAAAUAUAAUAAUCAACUUCAAUUAGAACUUUGUCAUUUAAAAAAUCAAUAUCAAUUAAUGAUUUUAUUAAAACAAGAAAAUGAACGUCAAUUAAAUUUUAUUAAAUUAAUUAAUAAAUUAAAAAUAAUUAAAUUACAAAUUAUUCAUAAAGGUAGACAAUUAUUUAAUCAACGUUUAUCUCAUUUAACGGAUUAUUUAUUUAUUCGAUUAGAUAGUUUAAUUGGAUCAGAUCAAAUUGAUCAUCCAGACAAUGAUCAUGAUCCUCCUAAACCAAAGAAAUUAAUGAUUCAUAUAUUAGAUAAAUCAUUAACUCAUUUAAAUGAUAAUCAAAUAUCUUCAAAUACUAAAGAAGAUCUAGAUCGUGGUAAACGAACAUGGGAAGGUGUCAAAUUCUCUGAACUUAUGAUACAAACAAAUGAUCAUUUGGAAUCAAUCAACAAUUUAACAAAAUCCAAUUUAAACAAACCAUUAAAACAUGAAAAACAAUCCAUGUUAAAAAGUUCACGUAACACUUUCAAUAAUAAUUCUACAGAAUUACAUAAUACUAAUCAAGAUGAUAAUUAUUGUAUAGUUAGUGCUAAAACUACAAAAGCUCAUAUGUCCACAUUAAAAUAUCGUGAUAUUGCUGUUGUGGAGUUUCGUUUAUUUACUCAAAAUUUAUUAGAAUUAAUAGAAAUGGAAUUUACUCAUGCAAUGAAAGAUAAUGAUAAACAUAAACAACAAUGGAUAGAAAGUGUAAUCUUUUUAAUAAAACUUAAUUGA